AACGGUUUGUUUUGAUCGCCAACGAUGAAUAUUUGUUAAUUAACUUGGAAAGUGGAGAAAUUGAAAGGAAAGAUGGUUACGAAGCAUCACAGGACGCAAGGUUUUAUGAUGUGUAUGGGGUUAUAGGCUUUCUAAAACUAUUAACAGCAAUUCAUCUCGUUUUAAUUACGGAUCGAAAGCAUAUCGGUCAAAUUCAGGGUAAAAAUGUUUAUAUAGUGAAAAAUGUUAUCAUUUUACCUUUGGAUUUCGAUCGUGCUUGUAGAAUUCUGGAGAGAUACUCGUGGCCUGUAGAUGAUGAUUAUCAAGGGAGUGCUGUUGAUGAUAGUGGCACGACAGGGACGCACCAACGAUACAUUUCUAAUGUGAUUGAAGAGACUAUCGUAGAACCCCAAACUGCUGAUCUAUCAUCAUCACCUACUCUAAUAUCCCCUUCUAUUGAAGUUACACCACCAACCGAAUUACAAAUGAAAAAGCAACCACUUACAGCGUUUGUUUCAAAAAUGAAAUCCGCAUGGACAGAUUUCGGGCGGAGGAGAUCGCCUUCAUUAUAUUCUAACGGGUCAGACUCAGAAGAUUAUGAUAAGGAUACAGAGUGGGAAACAAUAACAUCUGUCACUGAAACAUACGUGAAUAUGGACUCAAGUGAAGAUUUAUCAAAAAGCCCAUCGACCGGUAAGCUGUCGAUAGCUACCGGGUUAUCGAAUGCAGCAAAGAGGGUUACUGGCGUUUGGGAUGGGUUCGCUAAUGAUAUUGGGAGCCCAAAGACCCUUAAAGAUCCAAUUGACCCAAAUACCCUCCUUAAUGUUAAAGAUCCAAUUGAAAAGAGAGCUAUGGAUGCAAGGAUUUCGAAAGAAAUUUUAUCAUUGUUUCGUUCAGAUGCAUUUUUCUAUUCUUAUGAACUUGAUAUUACGACUUCCCUGCAGCAAAAGUAUGAACGAGGUCGAUUAAAAGAUCAACCGUUAUGGAAACAAACUAAUAAGAAAUUUUGGUGGAAUGAGCAUAUGCUUAAGAGUUUUAUAGAACUCGAGUUACAUGCGUGGAUAUUACCUAUAAUGCAAGGCUAUCUGCAGUCAGAACAUUGUGAAAUUGACAGCCGAGUAUUUGAUUUUACAAUCAUUUCUCGAAGAAGUCGAGAAAGAUCAGGGUUGAGAUAUCAACGCAGAGGUAUCAAUGAACAAGGAGCUGUGGCAAAUUAUGUUGAAACAGAACAAAUCCUGUCAAUUAAGAUUGAUGAUUCAAAUCAUGAUGUCUCAUUUUUACAAGUUCGUGGCUCAAUUCCAUUAUUUUGGUCUCAAUCUCCAUAUAGUCUAAAACCGAAGCCAUUUCUUGAAAGAUCGGUAACUGAAAAUGCCGAGGCGUUUGCAAAGCAUUUCGAUACGUUAUUAAACUCAUAUGGACGCACUAGUUGCAUAAACUUGGUUGAAUCCAUUGGAAGAGAAGCAACUGUUGGUUCUGCUUAUCGUGAAGCAAUUCAAAAUUUAGGACAUAAAGAUAUUGAGUACAUCGAAUUUGAUUUUCAUAAAGAAUGUAGAGGAAUGAAAUAUGAAAAUAUUUCCAAGCUGGUAUCUAUGCUGGCUAAAAAUUUUAAUUCGAUGGGUUAUUUUUGGCAAGUUGGUGACAAUGAAGUUCAUUGCAAACAAGUGGGAAUAUUUCGUACGGACAAAUGUUGUGCAGCACGAGAAGUUCUAAACCUGCAACUUCUCAGACUUGGUGUCUCAGAAUUUAUAGACGGUGGUAUAUCACAUUAUGAGGAAUUUGAAAACAUUUUUAAUGAUGUAUGGGCAAAUAACGGUGAUUCUAUAAGUAGAGAAUAUGCAGGAACUAGCGCUUUAAAGGGAAAACGAAAUCUUCAAGGAGUCUUUAAUGAUGCAUCAAAUUCAUUGGCUAGAAUGUUUCAAAAUACAUUUAAAGACUUCUUUAGACAGGCAACAAUUGAUUACCUUCUUGGAAAUCAUUCAUUGGAUGUAUUUCAAGAAUUGCAGCAAAAGUUUGAAGCAUCACAACCUGGUGAUGCUGAAAGGUGGGCAAAAGUUAGGGCCAAUGCUAUUGAUAUUAGCAGUUCAAUUGUUAUUGAUAGUAGUGAAGAAAAAAUUACCGGAUGGACUUUUUUGUCGCCGAACGAACCAAACACAGUACGAAGUAAAUCGUAUGAGGAAAAAGUAUUGUUAUUAACCAAAAAAGCAUUGUAUGUAUGUACAUUUCAUUAUCGUCUUGAGAAGGUUGUACAGUUUAUGAGAAUUGGUUUGGGUGAGAUUAUUUGCAUUGAAAAAGGCGAAUAUAUAUUAUCAACGUUAUAUCAAUCAUGUGUAACGCCAGAAGAUAAUUAUGGAUUUGUGAUAUACUAUCGAGCGUCAGGUGAAUCAAGUCGAAUAAAUAGCGGUAGUAUGAGAAAUAACAAUAACACCAGCGAUCCAUUAAACAAAACCAAUGAUACUGGAAGUGGAACUAAUUCUCGUACUAAUAGUAAAACAAACUCUUUACCGAUGAAUUUUAAAAGUGAAUAUGAAGAUAAAAAGUUUAUAGCAUUUAAAGCAUUUCGAAGUAAUUUAGUCGGUGAAGCGACAAAAUUUGAUGGCGGUGCUGGAGGAAAGGCCAUAAAUAUGAAUAAAGGAACUGAUGAAGAUAAAACAGUCGAAGGAGUAAGAGAAAGAGUUACGAGCAAACAAGUCGUCAAUGAAGUUGUUGAUGAGCUUGUUGAGGCGUGUAGGAAUAUUGGAAAUGCAGAGGAUGGAUUUGUUGUUGAGAAGCCAAUCAUAGGGUUUGCAGAGGCGAAUAAGAGUACAGGAAUUAUGACAAGAGUUGGGUUUAAGUCAACAAGAGCAUGGUUGUUGUGGAUAUUCGGGAGAUACAGUAAUUUACCUGAUCUAGCGCUCAGUGUGCUGGCACAUGAAAGUUUGGCCGGUACUAAUAAAUAUCCAUUCCAGCACUUCCAAGAUUAA